GGGCCCCCCUCUUUGAAACAAGGCGAGACAAAAGCGGGUACCGUCAUUCCCACCAUAGCAAAGUCCCCUUGACCUUCACCCGUUCUGGUUGGAUUGUCCCUGUGCACCUCCAACCUCAUCCCCCAUAGUCGCCCCCACCUGUCCCGCAUCCCCUGAGUUUAAGAGGAGUGUUCUCGGAUUAGGGGUACCUUCUGGUUUCCGAUGGACCAGCUAAUCAGGGUCCGCCCCUUGUUAGUGAAGAAUUUGCCCCCACCCCUAUGAAAUUAUAGGGGGAGACUCGAUUGAGCGGAUACGGUGGCGACUCUUAGCAUCCAAAGCCCAGCCGUCUGCCGAAGACAUUCGCUUGGCCCACCUCGAAGCCCAGGACCUAUUCGAGGUCAAGGUGGAUAUUAUCCGCCAAAUGGCGGGCCUUGACCCAACCGGCGAUUGGACGGGACGGGGAGCGCGGGCCCUGGACAAUCCCCGUGCGGUGCGGCCUCAGGGGGACCCUCCUUAAUGGAGCUCUAUAGCCUUAGGGACGAGCUCCAUGAGAGGGGAGUACAAUCCCAUGCUUUUCAAAGGCUAAGGGAUAAAAUUUUUACCAGGGUGAACAACCUGGAUGAAAACUCCACUACUUAAUCCACUGGCGUGGUGCUACUGGAUGCUUCUGAUCAAUAGAACAGUAAGAGGGGGGAAUAAAACUUAUGAUGAGCAUCUAUUUGAGUCGAUCAUUUCCAAGAUCUAAUUCCAGUUUAUUCUUAUGUAGUAGAAAGGCCUUACAAUCUGAAGUUUUACGCUUAGGGGAAGAAUUUUUCUUGGUGGAUGCAGGACCUGGGACCCCCAGAAUUUGUAUGAAAGAAGAGCCUACAGGAGUGCCAAUCAACCGAGCCACCAGGUUUGAGAAUAAGGUGGGAUCCCUGGAUCUAGUGGCAAGUGAAUCACUGAUCAAAAAGAGGAUUUUGGAGAGAUUCUUCAUCGAUCUAGUGGCCGGCGAAUCGCUGAUCAAAGAGCGAGCAGCCGCCAGGUUUAAUGAUAAGGUGGGAUCCACAGAUGUAGUGGCUGGUGAACCGCUUCUUCUUCUUCCACGAAGAUUCAGAAAAAACCGAGCUUGGAUGGAACUGAACAAGAUUUGGCGAACGAAUACAAAGGUAAAAGGCUUUAUUAUUAAGAGAGUCAAAGGAGGUUAUUCAGUAGCCAUCGCGGGUUUCAUAACUUUUCUUCCAUUCCGUUCUCACAACAAAAGGAAAGGGAAAAAGAGAUCGAAUGAUCGAUUCACCAUUGCGAGCAUUAACCCCAAAAGGACGAAUAUUGUGGUGUUAGCGGCAGAUCAAACAAUUGAUGAGCGAAAACGUGACGAAAAAAAAAAGAAGUUUUUUUCAAUUCCGAAGCGAAACCUAACGUCUCCUGAUAACACUCUAUCCCUUUAAUCCAUUCUUUUGUUGGGGGUCUGGCACUUAUUACGGGCCGCUCUGUCAUUGUCUGAUUUUUGGUUGUCUGAUCACAGUCGAAAUUAUGUAUCUACUUAUCGUCUUUUUGCCCCUUAUCGGUAGUUCCGUAGCAGGUUUUUCGGACGUUUUCUAGGAUCAGAAGGAACCGCUAUUAUGACCACUACGUGCGUUUCAUUCUCUUCGAUCU